AUGAAGCGUCCUCGAAGUGUCCUCCCUGCAUCCCAAUCGAAUAUCCCCAUCCCGCCCAUCACCAUGUCCAAACGCGUCUCUGUGAUAGUCAUCGGCGGUUCGCAUGCAGGCCUAGCGGUCAGCCAUAAACUGCUGCGCCAAACGCCCAAAGCCGCCAUCACGCUGAUCAGCCCCUCGGAUGACAAAUAUUUGUACUCGAUCCCGGACGCGUUCCGCGAAUAUCCCGAGGGCUUCUUCACCUUCGUCAAGGGACUGGUGACCAAGAUCGACUACACAACCAAGUCGGUCGCCGUUGUUCUGUCUGCAGGCUCCCCUGCUGCUACUACCGCGUCUUCGUACAAUUUCGACUAUCUCGUGAUCGCGUCUGGCAGUUCGACGCCUGCAACGCUCGGAAAGGAGGGCGUGCGGCUUCCGUUCAAGGUGACGGCGUUCGAGGACUUAAGGAAGGCCAUCUAUGAGGCGCAAGCAAAGCUGGCAGGUGCUCAGAGGGUUGUAAUCGGUGGCGCGGGGCCCCUGGGGGUCGAAAUAGCCGGUGAACUGGCCGAAGCGCCAGGCUUCAAGAAGGUCACGCUGGUGUCUCGGUCAAAUGUCUUGCUAGAGGGGGCGACUGCGCCUAUGCAGCGAACCGCGAUGUCGCUUCUGAAGUCGAAAAACGUCGAUGUCUUGACGGGGACCACGGUUGAGGGGGCUGAGUACGAAUCCCGCACCCAGAAGUGGAAGGUCAAGUUGUCGACUGGGAAAACGUACACUGCUGAUGCGUACAUCGCGACUACGGGCACCGUUCCGAACAACGAGUUUAUCCCAAAGGACUACCUCAAUUCCCAGGGCUGGGUCAACGUCGACGAACAGCUUAGAGUCGUCGAGAACGGCGUAAGUCGCAGUGACACGUAUGCGAUCGGUGACAUAACUUGCCAUCCAUAUCGACUGCUCUCGCGAGUCUCUCUUCAGGGACAGACGGUAGCAUCGAAUAUUACGGCGGCUAUUGAGCGGAACUCCCGGAUCAUGACGUACUCGACGGAAGCGCAGAAGAAGAUGAUGGUCGUCCCCGUCGGGCAGUCGACGGGGACAGGGCACCUCGGCGGUUGGACCCUGUUUGGAUGUCUAGUUUGGUUCUUCAAGGGGAAAGACUUUUUGACUUAUGAGGCGCCCAAGUUCUUGCGAGGCCACAUGCGAUGA